AGAGAGAGAGGCGCGCUGACGUCUUCUCCCUGCUACACUCUGCCAAACCUCUGCCGCUCAGUCGUAAAAAGCUGCUGGUGUCCGCCUGCUGGUGUACCGCCGUCAAUAAUCCGCCGAGGGCAGUCCGGUCUGGUUCUUCUCCGCCUGUGUAAAGGGGGGGGAGCUUCCAUAGCCCGAUCCCGCAUGGAACGGCACCGCUGGAGUAGACAUGCAGAGGCGCGCUUCCAUCCCGCAACAAGAAGCAUGUCCAUGUUGCACCGCAAGCAGACCCAGUCCACCUUCCUUCACCUCAUACGACUUUGAUAUGAGUGACAUUGCCUGGGAUACCGACGAGGAGUAAAAAAAAAAAAAAAAAAACCAAACAGACCUUCUAACCUGGCCGGGUUCUGCUGCAGACGUUUGUGUACCGUCAACCUCUGCAUACAGGAUCUUUUUUAAAUUUUUUUUAAUUUUUUUUGAUGGAGCUGGAGAAUAUAGUGGCCAACACUGUACUGCUUAAAGCCAGAGAGGGUGGAGGAGGAAAGCGGAAAGGGAGGAGCAAAAAAUGGAAGGAGAUCCUUCGCUUCCCCCACAUAAGUCAGUGCACUGAGCUGGGCAACAGCAUAGUAGAGAAAGACUAUGUCAGCAUAUGUGAGAAGCAACCUAUCGGAAGGCAGCUCUUCCGACUUUACUGUGAGACAAGGCCGAAACUGCAACGCUGCAUCCAGCUCCUGGACGCAAUGGAGGAUUACGAGGUGACGCCUGAUGAAAAAAGAAAAAGCAGAGGGGACCAGAUUAUCAAGACCUUCCUUUCUAAACAAUCACCUCAACGUGUCGACAUCGUGGAGGUCUUUGCUGAUCAGUGCCGAGAGAACCUGGAGCUCAGUCCAUGUAAGGAAAUCUUCAGCAACUGUCGCAAGGCCGUCCACGACUAUCUCAGCGGUGCGCCAUUCGCAGACUUUGAGAACAGCAUGCACUUUGACCGUUUCCUGCAGUGGAAAAUGCUGGAGAGGCAACCAAUCACUAAAGACACUUUCCGACAGUACAGAGUGCUCGGGAAGGGAGGAUUCGGAGAGGUGUGCGCCUGUCAAGUUCGAGCGACAGGGAAAAUGUACGCCUGUAAAAAGUUGGAGAAGAAGAGGAUCAAGAAGAGGAAAGGAGAGUCAAUGGCGCUCAAUGAAAAGCAGAUCUUAGAGAAAGUUAACAGUAGAUUUGUCGUGAGCUUAGCGUACGCGUACGAGACCAAAGACGCUCUGUGUCUGGUGCUGACUAUCAUGAAUGGAGGAGACCUCAAGUUCCACAUCUACAACAUGGGCACGCCGGGUUUUGAGAAAGACCGGGUCCAGUUUUACGCCGCUCAGAUCUGCUGUGGUCUCAAGCAUCUCCACCAGGAAUCUAUUGUCUACAGAGAUUUGAAGCCAGAGAACAUCUUACUGGAUGACAAUGGACACAUCCGUAUUUCUGACCUGGGCCUUGCCAUUAAAGUGCCUGAAGGGGAGCUCAUCAGAGGAAGGGUUGGGACUGUGGGCUACAUGGCUCCAGAGGUGAUCAACAAUGAAAAAUAUGGAAUGAGUCCCGAUUGGUGGGGGCUGGGCUGCCUCAUAUACGAGAUGACAGCCGGGCGAUCGCCCUUCCGUGCCCGAAAAGAGCGCGUGAAGCGUGAGGAGGUGGAGAGGAGGGUGCAGGAGGAAGAGGAGGAGUACAACGACAAGUUUACCGAGGACACCAAGGACAUCUGUAGAAGGCUGCUCACCAAAGACCCAAAGCAGAGGCUGGGCUGCCAGGGGGACCGAGCACCAUGUGUCGAGGCCCACCCCUUCUUCAAAAACAUCAACUUCAAAAGGCUGGAGGCUGGAAUAGUGGAGCCUCCGUUUUUGCCUGAUCCUCGGGCAGUGUACUGUAAGGACGUGCUGGACAUUGAGCAGUUCUCUACAGUCAAGGGAGUGAAUUUGGACCAAACUGACAAUGACUUCUACUCCAAAUUUGCUACAGGCAGUGUUUCUAUCCCCUGGCAGAAUGAGAUGAUAGAAACCGAGUGCUUCAGAGAUUUAAAUGUGUUCGGGCCUCAAGGAGCAAGACCUCCAGACCUUGACUGGAGUCAACCUCCGGAGCCACCUCGACGCAGCCUGCUCGACAGGAUCUUCAGGAGGCACCACCCAGGCGUGUCUAUUUCCCACAGCCGUGUGCAGUCUUCCAGCGUCAACUCUGUGGACUCCAUGUCCAACUCUGCCCCCUAGUGGUGCAGUGACAGCGUCGGCGCCAUACACAUAAAAGGGAAGAAGCUCAGAGGGCUUCCCUUGCUGCUGAUUGGUUCACAGCUGGGGCCAUCAGACAGCCUGUCUGAAGGGUCGGUCCAUCAGGGGAGAAUGACUUGGCCCAGAGACCCGGGCCAUUUUUUUUUUUUUUUUUUAGCGAGAUGUCCGUAGACAUCUGGAAAUAUUCGGACGAACCCUCUCAUCCUCAGGAUUGUCGGACUUAAGGAACGGAGCGAGUCGUGUUGAUGGAAAGCGUGAAAGGAUAGAAAACAAGCUAAUAUUCAGGGGAUCCUCUGUAUAAUAAAGACCCACCACACAGAAUCGAGAAGUGGGUCUCAGCUAUGCUUCUGUUUCUUUUCUCCAAAAAAAAAAAGAGUCCUUUUCAUUUCUGGCCUAUACCUUGUACCAAUAUCUAUCUAUCAUCUGUAUAUCACUUCUCUGUGUCUUACCUCAAAUCACUCCUAAACAUUCAGAACAGCCUGCCUCAUCCGUGACCUCAGCCCAUAAUGGACAUCGCCUCACGUACACUCAGGCCAAAGAUUACAGUUCAUUUUUGUGA